AUGUCAUCCACAAAUACAAGGCCCAUAAAAACAACUCAGCAAAAGCGUCCACAUAAUCCAAAUUGGCAUGAAGAUUUUUACCGCAAUGGUCGACCAGAUGAAAAAGAAGUGAUAGUAAUCUCUGAUUCUCCAACUCCUCCACUUUCUAGUACUCGACAGCGACCAAUGUUGCUUCAGCAAUCAUCGUCGGCACAUAAACGGCGACGAAGGGGGGAGUAUCAAGCCAUCCGAGACCAUUCUCAGUACAACGAUGCAACUUAUCGCUCAUAUAUUUCAACAAGCUCACAUGCCUCGGGACGUUUUCGAGAGCCAAUCUCUGCUAGAGAGUCCCGUUCAUCCGCAGCCUCAUCACGUCAAGCAAUACCGAGUUAUGAUGACAAGGAUGGACAUUACAUUGUCAAGAUUGGUGAUGAAUUGGGGAGUAAAUGUAAGCAUUCAUAUCAACGAACUUUUGGAAAAGUAGUUCAGUGUUGGGAUCGUGUUAACAAUCGUCACGUCGCAAUUAAAAUCAUUCGCGCCGUACAAAAGUAUCGUGAUGCGAGUAAGAUUGAAAUUCGAGUGCUUAACACUUUGAAGGAGCGAGACCCUUCCAAUGUCCAUAAAUGUAUUCAUCUUAGAGAAUGGUUCGAUUAUCGUAAUCAUAUAUGCAUGGUUUUCGAUUUAUACGGAUCCUCCUUAUUCGACUUCCUGAAACAUAAUGAUUUUAACCCUUUGCCAAUGAAUCAAAUUCAACAUGUCGCGAGGCAAUUGCUUCAUUCCGUCGCCUUCUUACAUUCUUUACGAUUGGUGCAUACUGAUCUAAAACCCGAAAAUAUUUUAUUGGUCAAUGAUCAAUGUAGAACAGUUCCAUCAAGGAGAUCGCCGGGGAAGCCUCGACGCAUAUUGUUAGAUACAGAUAUACGACUGAUUGACUUUGGGAGUGCUACAUUUGAUGAUGAAUAUCACUCUUCUGUAGUAUCUACCAGACAUUAUAGGGCACCUGAGGAUCGUCCGGCAAAUGUGCUCAAGUAUUUCAGAGGUAGUCGGUUACUUAAUUAUCCUAACGAUGAUACAACCAAACAAAGUCGUAAAUAUGUUAAGUCAUUACAUACAUUAGAAGAGGUUAUUGAGCCUGGAAGAUCCACAUUUAGAGAACAGUUUUAUGAUCUUUUGCAACGUCUGUUGCUUUAUGACCCAGACGAACGGAUCUCCGCGCGUGAUGCUUUAAGACAUCCGUUUUUUUACAUGACAUUUAAUGAAGAGGGUAGACAAAUCCGCUGA